GCAGGCUGCAGCGGGGGAGAGUUUCAGGAAUCAGGAUACAGUUAGUCAGCUGUGUGUAUGUAUGUGUGUGUGUGUGUGUGGACUUCGGAAACACCAACAGGACCGGCUCCAGCCCUCAGGUCCUGCCCGGAGCUUUAAAGUCUACAUGUACCUGCUGAGAUGGAUUAAGAGGAGCGGGGACGGUCAGCUUCCAGUCUAGGGUGGCCAGGCAGCAUCAUGGCGUCCCGGCUGCUAGACCGUCUGAAGCGCUCGCUGUUUAAAGAUGGUCAGGGGGCGGGAACUGAGCAGGAAGCAGGCGGCGGACAGGAGGAGGAGGAGUUCAAUGAGGACCGCUGGGAGGCGGAGCUGGAGGAGGAGGAGGAGUGUGUGACCGAUAGGCUCGGAGGGACGCUUUGCUUCGACAGCGGAGGAGGAGGAGGAGGACAAGAGGACGGACCCGAGGGCGAGGGGUCGGGGCUGGACAGUGACUCUGAUUUCCUGGGAGAGUCAAUGGAGGAGGGGCUCAGCAGCGCAGAUACCAGUCCCGUUGGCGUGUCUCCAGUAGGCCCCUCCCCCUCCUCCCUGCUGACCCGGCAACUUCAGGAGAGCUGGAGGAGUCUGCGUGGACUCGGAGGAGGAAGUCCCAUUCCCUCUGGGAGGCGGCUGACGGACAGCUUGUUGUUUGAGGUUACUGACGCCAGCGUGGUGCAGGACGGCUCCUCAAAAUAUGUGCUGUACACCAUCCACGUGAUCCAGUCCGGCGGCAGCGAUAAGACUCCGGCCAUAAUCACCCGCCGAUACUCCGAUUUCCAGCGUCUUCAUGCCACACUGCGGCGUAACCAUGGAGAUCAGAUGGAACGUGUCUGUUUUCCACGAAAGAAGCUGCGCAGGAACUUCACGGCGGAGACGAUCGCCAAGCGGAGCCGGGCUUUUGAGCAGUACCUGUCUCACCUGUGUUCACUGUCCACCUUGCGGGGGGCGCUGUGUGUCCGGCAGUUCUUCUACCUGACUGACCUGCAGACCGGACAGCUGCUCAUCAGGGUGGGACGUUACCAGGAGGCCUUGGGUCCACUGCUCAACGCCAAGAGACUGCAGCAUAAACUGGGCUGGGCAAGUUACUACGACAACCAGGAUCAGGCCCCGCCCCCGGCCUCCUCCCAUUGGUUCUUCACUCUGGUGGGGCUGUCGUGCUGCUUCCAGGAAGUGGACCAGCUGGAGGAGGCUCGGGAUCAUUGUGACCUGGCCCUCCGUGUCCUGACCCCCGCUGAGACUAACACAGAGGACAAGCCCCUCCCUCUUGAAGAUAAGCCCCACCCACAGAGUGAGAACCCCCUUCCACAGACUGAUGUGUCACGCCCACUUACCAACAGGCCCCACCCCCUCCUGUUGCCGUUAUUGCGGGCAGUGGUUCGGUUGUCGUGGCAGACAGGAAGAGACAAACGGCAAUGGGAGGAGCUUCUGCAACACCUGGAGGAGCAGUGGGCGGGGCUAGACAAUCAGCCAACCAUCAAAGAGUUUCUGGUAAAACACAACCUACAGGAGAGCGAGGGGGAGGGCUAGAACAACACACACUUACUGCAGAGUACAAUCACCAUGCUACAAUAAUAGUGUUGGGGCCUCUGUGACCUGAUAUCAUGAAGUGAUGAAUAACAUUAAAAAGCCAACAUUUCAGGAGUAAAGACUUUAGAAUAUUUAGAGACUAUAUUGAAAUAUUUCAAGAAGAAAGUGAUAUUAUGAUGAAAAAAUAUCAAUUUAGACAAAAAUGUCAGAAAAAUCCUAAUAAUACAGGCAAAAGAAAAAAAAGUAUGAAAAUUACGUUGUAAUGUUUGAAGGAAAAGUCAUAUUACAAAAAAUGUUAUUCCCAAGUAAAAUGAUAAUAUUACAAUAUUACAAGAAAAAGUCAUAAUAUUUAAAGAAUCAAGUCAUAAUAUUACUAAUAUAUUGCAAUACUGUAAAUAUUGUAGUAAACAAUAUCCCAAUAUUGUAAUAUACAUAUUUUAUUAUAUACAAAAACUUAUUAGUAUUGCAGGAAAAAAACAAAAUUUCUUGUAUUUCAAGAAUUAAUGAUAAAAGUUUUUGCUUGGGGUUAGAAUUACAUACAUGUUUUAGCAUUUCCAGACAAAUUCUAUGUGCGUUACACAACUAUUUUCUUUGCACAACUGUUGGGACUGCAGUGUCACAACUCUGUCUGAAAAUAUUCCGACUGUUUUUAGCAAUAUUUAAGAGUUUCUUAUCAAAAUUACAACUUUUUUUUCCAAAAAUAUUUUUAUUUUCUCAAAUAUGAUUAUUUAUUUAUUUUCCUAACAGUGGUUGUAAUACUCCUACUACUUGUUCUAUGCAUCAUCAUCUAUUCAGUCAAACUUUAAAAGCCUUAAAGCAGGUCAGUGAUCAUUGUGAUUCUUCAGAUCAGGAAGUUUCCUCUGCGUCUCUGACUCCACGAUAAUCCUAAAAAAUAAUCCUGGACCUGUAUUCACUUAUCGUAAUAUUAGCUGGUCUCAGCUGUGGUGAGCUACAAAAAUUCAUAAAGGGAAAACAUUUUUUCAAAAAUAAAGAAAGAUAUUCACAAGUUUUUUUUAGAAAUGUGAGGACGGAGGACAAAUAGAAGAUUAUAAGAAGCAGAGGAAGGAGCAAAUUCACAUGUUCACAUUAUUCUCUAUGUUAAUUUAGGUCUUUAUACCAUUUAUGAUGCAUUACAUUUAAGCACAGACAUGUGAAACAGCCUUAACAUGCAGACUGCAAACCGACAUGCAUGUUUGGGUGUCUCAUCUUUGACAAACACAUAUGUAUAUAGGUUUCUCAUUGUGACUAUGAUGAUGGCAUAAAUAUUAAGUAAAACAAUUAAAAUCCCUUUUGCCUACUAAAGGUUGACUGAUAUUUUACAGCAUCAACCAUUGACAACAUCUAAAAGAAAAGAUCUGAGAUACUGUGAGUUCCUGCCAUUCCUCAGAGUCUUGAGCGCUAACAGGCUACGCCCUCUCCAUCGUCACAACAAACAUUCAGCACAGGUGUAUCUACCGCAAACCGUCUGCACCAUUCGAUCUCAACGCUCACAGUGGAUUAAAGGACAAAAUUCGCAAUUUUUCAAGUCUGUCUUUUCAGGCCUUUUCAGGGUUGAUAUGGCAGGAAAAACAAGCACAGUUGUCAACAUUCUCAGUUCAGUUCAACUCCUUGUAACAUUUUUAUUUUUAAAUGUUGAUGAACAAUAGGGUGAAGGCAAUGAUUUGCUAUAAAAGCCAAAGGUUUAAUGCUAGCGGUGAUACUGGCUCUUACUCGGUGAUCCUCCUCCACAAUAUCUCACCCUGAGCCUUGACUUACUGUUUAGCAGGUCGGAGGGUUGGAGGUCAGUGUCUGAAUCUUCUAAGUCGCUGUCUUUGUUGUUGUCAUCCAGGUAACUGCUGUAAUCUGCUUCAGUAUCUCUCCCCUCGCUCAAGUCGUCAGCCAUUGUCCAAACCGCGUCUUUAAAAACUUUCCUUGCUGAAAAAACGAAUGAAAUAUAUUUCCCAUGAUGGAUUUCGCCUCCUUGAGCAGAUUUCAGUGAAUCACACUGCAUUUCAUGUCACAUAUCUGACAGAAAACAACAAAAUCAUGAACUACGCGUGUACGUCUCAUCAGGUCUUAAUGGGUUAAGUCAGACUUGAAAAAUUUGCAUUAAAUGUUAGUCAUUGUGUGUAUCCUUCAGGUCAAACAAAUGCGUUCAAUACAGCUCCUUCCUCCUAAAGCUGAUUUAAAAUGUUUGAGUUGCUGGCCAUUUGCUUCUUCACUGCCUUUAUUGACACAUGGCUGCAUAUCCUGGUGCAUUAGCGCCACCUGCAGAUCAGUGGAGAACUGUGAAACCAUUGGCAGGAAUGUGUAGCAGGUCACUCCUGUGUUCACAUGCAUGAGACAAACAAAACAGGGACUAGUACAGGUCAAGAACAUAGAGACGAUUACCUCAGCUUUAGUUCCCAAAGCAAUCAUCACUUCAGUAGUGAGACAAUCAUCAGUCUAAGUCAGAGAGUAACUGACAGAAUGAUUCUGAACCAUUAAUCAUCGUCUUCACCAUGAUGAUUGUCACGCUUCAGCUGGAACAGUUUGCUGUGAAUUUUCUAAAACUAGAGUGUUUCUGAAUACGUCCAGGAUUAUUUACUUUGUCAUUAAGAUUUCAAUUUAGAUUUGAGGAACAAAUCAUUUUUAAUGCACUUUUUUAAUAAGCGUCUGAAUGAAUCAAACCAGUUUGUAAUAUUCAACAGUUACAGAGGCAUUAAAUCAUCUAAUAACCUUCAUCAGCGUAUCCUCCUCCACAGCUGACUCCACACACAGCUGCACACUUUUACCUGAUGCAGCGUUUCCUCUCUGCUCCAGCACUCAGUCAUUAGGGUCAUGUUUUCAGGGUAAAUUCUGCUGCUUUUUCACUGAUGAAUAUGUGUGUUUUUUUUAUGUGGAUUUGGUUACUAUGGAGACCAGGGGUUUUAGUGGUUAUGGUGACCUGGAGUGGAUGACUGGAUAAGGGACAAAAAUAGAUGUGAAGAACUGAUUUACAUCAACAGGAAGAAUGUGGAACGGAUCUGAUUGGUGGAGAGUUUUUGAGAACCACAAACAGGUUUUCAUUCGUGGUGUAAAACAAGGGAUUAAUAAGGGAUGAGACAAAGUUAUUGGCUCAUUAAUGAGUUAACACACAGGGGAAAUGAUAGAGGCAAUGAAUCAAUAAAUAUUGUAUAAACAGACUAUGCACAUGUACAGAGUUAUAUCAAGAUGAUAGCCUGAUACAAGCUGCUGACUGGAGGAAAAUGUUCCCAUCGUUCCUCCAGUCUUAAUAACAUUUAAGAUGUGAGGAGCUCAGAUAUCCUCCGUCAGUGACGUGGAGAUGCUGCACGGGAACACUGAGGACUAAAACCAUGAUACAGUUACAGCUAAUAGAAACAUUAUAUUCAGCUUCGGAUGCCUUUUUUCAGAGCAGCUUUGUCAUUUCUUGCUGCUUCUUCACCUUCUGUUACACAACGCACAGCGUGGAAAACUUCUAUCUGUGCGUUAUUUGGUUCAGGUUGGGGUUAGGGAUGCAGUGAGAGGCUGUCAGGGAGGGAUUAUUUUGGGGAAACUAAAGUUGAGGUUCUGCUCAUAAUUGAGGAUAAUUUAUCAAAUGUGUAACUCUCAGUACUCCUAUUGUCUAUUUAUCUAUUUUUUUUUGCUGUAAUGACAUUACUUAGGUCUGACAGUGAAAUGGAAACACACUUUUUUCCUACUUAAUCAGCCACUGAGCUCUUUGCGCAACUCUUUAUUUAACCAGAAUCAUCUUUUCAGAUCUUUUUGUAGCAGAAUCAUGUUACAAAAAACAUCAAAAACACAAUCACAGAAACUUACAGACGCAGCCACAUCAUUUAAAUGAGUUCAUCUUUUAAUUUGUAGGAUAUGUAGAUUCUACAGGUCCUGGAUUCAAUCCAGCUUUCUGUUUAUAGGCUCAGGUGGAUAUUGGAUAAUACCGAAUAUCACAGGAUUUCUCACUACAUGCAUUUUUUAUAUUGAAAAAUAAGACUUGUUUUAUUUUUUGUAGUUUUUGUGGAUUUGCAGCAUCUGCUUUGAACUGCUGUUUAGUAGCACAUCACUUAUACCUGAAACAUAAAAUACAAUAACACCCCUCCGAUAUUGUAUAUCGCAAUAUUUGGGCUGAACUGUAUCAAGAUAAUAAUCAUAUAAUCAUUUCAUAUUAGUUCAUCCAAGGUUCUGAUGAAGCUGCUUGUAGUCAUCAGCUCUGCUUCCUUCACAUGAACGUGCUCAUAACCGGAGAGAUAAACACAGAGUUAACUGAGCCGACUUUGUGACACCAGUUAUCCCGAAGAGAGCUGAACUAAACUGAACUCACUUCGUGUUCCUGUCCCAGAGAUGAUCUGUGUCCGUAGCAUCUAUUGAAGACACAGAGGUCAUGACUUUUGUUUUCUAGAUAUUUGAGUGUUUUACCAACAUUUUACAUUUGAGUUACAUUUGAGAGUUUACAAUAUGUAGAACAUGUAGAGGUUUCGGUGUCUGCGGGGGGGGGGGGGGGGUUCAAGUGGUCUAAACAACGUCCCUGGUUCGAUUGUAUCUGGGGAUCUUUAUUACAUUUGAUUCUCUCUGUCUGUCUCAACAAAACAUUUAACAUUUUCCCACCACGCAGCUGAAAUCAGAAAGAAUAUUUGAGCUGUUAAAUGAAUAAAUGAACUGUGAUUAAUUGAACAGAUUUUACAGAGACUAAACUGAGGCCUUGUUUGUAAGUGUGCUUUUAUUUUAAUGCUGCAUGUUUAUGAAACCCUUAGUGACCCUGAUUUGAGGUGUUUUGUUUUUUUUACUUGGACUAAAGGUUUACACGGUCACUUCAGAGGUUUUCAUCAUUUCUUUUAAACUGUUUGGAAAGCUGUUUAUUUCAAAAUGGAUCAAAGUAACAAACACAAGGUCAUUUUCUUCACCUGUUGAGAUGAAAGAUGUGAUUUCAGAUCAGAUAUUGCAGCCUGCCUGUCCUGUGUGGAAUAUUUUUAAACUUGGAUUGAACUGUAGCAACACUGCUUCAUAGAGCUACAUGCAAGUAUAUUUUAUGGAAUAAAUUUGUUACAAGUUCCA